AUGUGCAGCGGCUGGGCGGGUCGCAGCAGCGGGCGACGGUGCUGUGGACGGGCGGGGUGGUGGGAGGACGGCUCUGGCGCAGCAGAUGGGCUGGGCGUUGUGGACGAUGCAAGUGUAGCCGCUGGGUGGGUCGCAGCAGCGGCCGACGGUGCUGUGGACGGGCCGGGCGUUGCGGACGGCCCUGGCGCUGCAGAUGGGCUGGGCGCUGCGGACGACGCAUGUGUAGCAGCCGGGUGGGUCGCAGCAGCGGCCGACGGUGCUGUGGACGGGCGGGGCGCUGCGGACGGCCCUGGCGCUGCAGAUGGGCUGGGCGCCGCGGACGAUGCAUGUGCAGCGGCUUGGCGGAUCACAGCAGCGGCCGACGGUGCUGUGGACAGGCGGGGCUGUGCGCACGGCCUUGGCGCUGCGGACGAUGCAUGUGCAGCAGCUGAGCGGGUCGCAGCAGCGGGCAACGGUGCUGUGGACGGGUGGGGUGCUGCGGACGGCCCUGGCGCUGCAGAUGGGCUGGGCGCUGCGGACGAUGCAUGUGCAGCGGCUGGGCGGGUCGCAGCAGCGGGCGACGGUGCUGUGGACGGGCGGGGCGCUGCGGACGGCCCUGGUGCUGCAGAUGGGCUGGGUGCUACAGACAAUGCAUGUGCAGCGGCUUUGCGGGUCGUAGCAGCGGGCGACGGUGCUGUGGACGGGCGGGGCGCUGCUGAAUGCCCCGCCGCUGCAGCAUUCGGAGCUGGUGGAGUGGAUGGUGACGGCGUUGCGGAUGAUGCGAGUGCCCCGGAUAUGCGUGUAGCUGAAUUGGGUGACAGUGCUGUGGACGCGCGGGGCGCGGCGGAUGGCCCCAGCGCUUCUGAUGGGCUGGGCGCUACGGACGAUGCAUGUGCAGCAGCUGGGCGGGUCGCAGCAGCAGGCGACGGUGCUGUGGACGGGCGGGGCGCUGCGGACGGCCCUGGCCCAGGGCACGAUGCAUGUGUAGCAGCUGGGUGGGUCGCAGCAGCGGCCGACGGUGCUGUGGACGGGCGGGGCGCUGCGGACGGCCCUGGCGCUGCAGAUGGGCUGGGCGCCGCGAACGUUGCAUGUGCAGUGGCUUGGCGAGUCGCAGCAGCGGCCGACGGUGCUGUGGACAGGCGGGGCGGUGCGGACGGCCCUGGCGCUGCGGAUGAUGCAUGUGCAGCGGCUGGGCGGGUCGCAGCAGCGGGCGACGGUGCUGUGGACGGGUGGGGUGCUGCGGACGGCCCUGGCGCUGCAGAUGGGCUGGGCGCUGCGGACGAUGCAUGUGCAGCGGCUGGGCGGGUCGCAACUGCGGGCGACGGUGCUGUGGACGGGCGGGGCGCUGCGGACGGCCCUGGCGCUGCAGAUGGGCUGGGCGCUAAAGACGAUGCAUGUGCAGCGGCUUUGCGAGUCGUAGCAGCGGGCGACGGUGUUGUGGACGGGCGGGGCGCUGCUGAAUGCGCCGCCGCUGCGGCAUUCGGAGGUGGGCGUCCUGCGCCGCCCUGUCUCUGUUAG